CCAAAUGCAACAUUCGGUAAAGUAACGUAUCAGCGGACCGAGUUAGCUUCGCUUAGGUGCUAGUUAAACGUUCGACAUAACUGAAACACACUAAUGUGUGUGUCAGGGUUGGAUAAAACAGCAUCAACACUUACCUUUAUGGAUGUGUUAGAUAUAUAGCGUAAAGGCAUCAACAGUCAAUUCUCCAAAAACAAACCGCACGAAUUUAAAAUCGUCCCGCCCUCUUUGGUCACAUCCGGUUUGAUUCCGUUACUUCCGGUAAGUCGAAAACUGCUUUUCUCUAUUUCCUUUUGUCUUCGGGUUUAUAUUCCUUGUCACAUGCAAGCGAACCCGUAUUUGUAUUAUUUUGUUAUUGUUGUUGAGUCGACACUGCUGCACAAACCGAAAGAAACAGCGAAAGACGAGACAAAAACCAUAGACAAAGAACCCAUAGUUCACUGCGCAUGCGUGGAGGCGGCUAAAUUCAAAACUGGAGACGUUAGCAUCAAGGCUCGUUGACGUUAGCUGCAGUUCACGUCGACCCAGCUAGAAUUAAGCGAUGUGAAAGUAAUUCCGUGUUAGUUAAGGAGUAAUAUAACAACUCUAACCGUUGUAAAACCGAGGAAUUAGCUGGUCGCAACUACAAGUUGAAAAUGGAGCCUCUGGAUCCUGCCAAGAAUGAGGAAGACGGUAGAUUCUCCAGGCGGCGCAUUUCUUCGAUUUUAAAAGCACCACGAAGAUCAGUGCGAUUUCCUGAACCACCGGAACAGGAAUAUGUGGUGGAGUGUGCCAAACCAGUGGAGAAGAGGAACUCAAGAAGAGUCAGUUUUGCACCUGCAAAUGAUGUGCUUUUGUUCUCAAAGGAUGUGAAAAAUGGCUCUCCUGUCCGAAGUCCUUUACAAGAGUUAAUGACUUCAACAUCAGCAGCCACACAAAAUAGUGUCCAGAUGGUAGUCACUGAAGAUGGGAUUCAACCAAUUAUAGGGAUGGAGACCCUGUUGAACGCUCCUCUGCAUGCCUCUCAGCAAAGGAAUACGGCCAACUUUGACACUAGGCAUGACUUGGGGGAGAAAACGGUGGUGUUUUCUACGGAUGAUGCCUUCUUGGACAUGACGCAAAGUCACACUAUAAACAUUGACGCAGGAUUGGUUGCAGACAUUUCCUUCCAAAACUCCGACUCUUUACCCGCCAGAGGACAGAAGAGAGUGAUGCUCACUGCCAGUGAUGGUACCAUGGAUUUGACCCCAAGGCACAAUGUGAACAUUGGGUCUGUAUCAAAUAUAGAUGCAGGGGCACAGAAGGGAAACAUCUCAUCAGCACCUAUUCUAGACCCUGGAUUUGAAAACUUUCUUGCAAGUUUCUCUAAACCAAGUGCUCCCAGCAUGAAUCCUGUGAUCGCCCCGACGACGCCUGCUGCAUCGUCUGACCGAGCAAGCUGCUCCAUGGCGCAGGUGAAGACACACAAGGCUGAUGUGGACAAAGAAAAUCAGGCUCCAAGUUGCGUGUCAUUCGCUAUGGAGAAGACCCAAAGUACAUCCAGGAAGAGUGGUGUAUUAUCUCUUCGAAGGGCACUUUGUCCUGAUGAUGAUUUAAGCAGAGAUAUGAAUGAGGCUCCGGCUGGUGGCAUUCUGGGAUUCACUGAAGACGAUGACGUCUUUCAGUGUCUUUUCCCCACACAAGAAAUGUACUCCCAACUCGACAACAGAGCGUCACAGACAAAAGAGGAGACCCAUCAGCAGCAGAUCAUUCAACCACAGGCCUCAUACAACCCUAAAGAGAUGACAUCCUUGAGGAAUCCAUCUGUACAUGAUUUCAGUCAAAGACACAUGAUCCAGUUUGAUGCUGAAGUCGAGUGCAGAGAGAAACCCGUGGGGUUCACUGCUGACGACGCCUGUGUAGAUGUGACCAGAAGUCCUGCUCACACUGCUACCGAUUUCCAACUGCAGUCUGAACCGCAGGUGGACUUCCCACCUGCCUGUGGGGAGAAGACGGUGAGGUUCUCUGCAUCCGACGACGCCGCUAUGGAUGUGACGAGAUGUCUCACUGUACACAUUGCCACUGACUUUGAGCCACAGUCCGACCAAAACACGGGCUUCUUACCUGCUGGCCGGGAGCAAACCAUUAGGUUCUCUUCAACCGAUGCUGCGAUGGAUAUGACCCAGUGCCUCACUGUACAUUUUGACCACAUUUUAGCAUCAGAUUCACUUCCACACCAAGAUUCUGGCAUUUUUCCAACCCAUGAAAAGAUGAAUAAUCCUUUAACGGUAGAAAAGGCACAGCUUCAGCAUGGAAACCGCUCUAUGACGACCAAUGCUGUGGAUCCAGGAUUUCUAAAGUCCUUCUCUAAGACAAGUGGCCCUAUGGAUAAUCCUGUGGUCACCAGAUCAAUGGCUCCUGCUGCACUGUCCCCCAUUAAAACUGUUGACACGAGAGGCUUUCUGCACCAAGUUAAAACACAGCGUCCUGAUGUGAAAAUCGUGAAGGAGGCUCCGUCUUUGGUUUCUGCUGCCGUAGAGAACAGCGUAAACCAAACCAUGAUGGACGACGAUGUAAGCAUGGAAAUGACCAGCGCUCAGACCGGCUGCAUUGUGGGGGAAACGGACGAGCCACGAGAGUUGAGCAGUGAAGUGCUGGGAGCAUCCAACCCCUACGGCGAGGAAAUCACAAACCCCCACGAGUCUCUUCAGUCGAAUGUAAGCGGCGGCACGUGCGAGCAGAGACCUCAAACUGCUACUCUAUUGCACAAGACGGAGAAUUCUCGCUCUGCCGCCGGCGGUGAUGUCGGCUCGCCGCCUCCGCAGAGGUCCAGGCGAAUGAGUUUGGCCGAUCUUCAGUCCAAAAUCCAGUUUGAUGCUGAAGUCGAGUGCAGAGAGAAACCCGUGGGGUUCACUGCUGACGACGCCUGUGUAGAUGUGACCAGAAGUCCUGCUCACACUGCUACCGAUUUCCAACUGCAGUCUGAACCGCAGGUGGACUUCCCACCUGCCUGUGGGGAGAAGACGGUGAGGUUCUCUGCAUCCGACGACGCCGCUAUGGAUGUGACGAGAUGUCUCACUGUACACAUUGCCAAUGACUUUGAGCCACAGUCCGACCAAAACACGGGCUUCUUACCUGCUGGCCGGGAGCAAACCAUUAGGUUCUCUUCGACCGAUGCUGCGAUGGAUAUGACUCAGUGCCUCACUGUACAUUUUGACCACAUUUCAGCAUCAGAUUCACUUCCACAACGAGAUUCUGACAUUUUGCCCACCCAUGAAAACAUGAAUAAUCCUUUAAGGGCAGAAAAGGCGCAGCUUCAGCGUGGAAACCGCUCUAUGACGACCAAUGCUGUGGAUCCAGGAUUUAUAAAGUCCUUCUCUAAGACAAGUGGCCCUAUGGAUAAUCCUGUGGUCACCAGAUCAAUGGCUCCUGCUGCACUGUCCCCCAUAAAAACUGUUGACACGAGAGGCUUUCUGCACCAAGUUAAAACACAGCGUCCUGAUGUGGAAACCGUGAAGGAGGCUCCGUCUUUGGUUUCUGCUGCCGUAGAGAACAGCGUAAACCAAACCAUGAUGGACGACGAUGUAAGCAUGGAAAUGACCAGCGCUCAGACCGCCUGCAUUGUGGGGGAAACGGACGAGCCGCUGCCGUGCCCUCCUUCUCCACCAGAGAGGAGCAGUGAAGUGCCGGGAGCAUCCAACCCCUAUGGCGAGGAAAUCACAAACCCCCACGAUUCUCUUCAGUCGAAUGUAAGCGGCGGCGUGUGCGAGCAGAGACCUCAAACUGCUACUCUAUUGCACGAGACGGAGAAUUCUCGCUCUGCCGCCGGCGGUGAUGUCGGCUCGCCGCCUUCGCACAAGUCCAGGCGAAUGAGUUUGGCCGAUCUUCAGUCCAAAGUAAGACGCCUGAGCCACAUAAUACAUACAGCGCCUGUUGACGCCUACACAGCACCUGUGCCCCGACUGGAACAUGACAAAAAGACAGAAGACGACACCGAGCACCCGUCUGAAGAGGAGCCUCAACUUGAAAUGGGUUCAGUAAACGCGGGAGAAAAUACACAAGCUCCAACUCUGACGCAAGGAGAACAGCCCUUCAUCAGUACAACUCCUUUCAACCUGAAGACCAAACAACUGAUGUCGAGACUCUCCGUGGGAAGCUUCAAGGCCAAACUCCCUCAAAGAGGCAAACCAGAAGAUCCGAAGGCGCAGAUUACCGUGGAAGAACCUAUGGUGACCCUCGCGGUCAAUGUCACGGAUAAACUGAGCAACUAUGACCAUGACUGGAGCAACAUUUACGACGAAGAGCUCGUAACCAAUGGGGAUAUGUCGGAAACACUUGACAUGAGUCUUCAGGGAGUCACUAAUGAAGAGAGUGCUUCCCACGGGUCCGUCGUGGACGAUGUAUUUGAACUGGACUUCAGUGGUUCCGUCCCUGGGAAGAAGAGGCCUUUGCCAGUAGACGAAACCAACGAGGAGGACAAAAAGAGAACGAAAACGUCCACUGGGGACACCGCUGACGCUGAUACGUCGCCUGUUGAGGAGUGUGACGGUUACAUUGCGAAUGCUCCAAGCAUGACUGGGCAGAGCACGGAUUACUCCAUCAGCAGCACCAGAUGUGAAGCCACCUUUGAAUCAACUCUCAAACAAAGCAUGUUUGAAUCCCAGCUUGAAGACUACACCAAUGAUGUACAGAGGAAACUCAAUGAUGGCACCAUUACGGUGUUGGAGUUCUUCAAGCUCUUCAACAUAGACUUCAUCAUCAAUAACCCUCGGCAUAGCAAUUUUCCUGGCCGUGCUUUGUCGGACACGGAUCGCACACUGAUGGAUUUAUUGAAAGACAGACACAUCUUCCGUCCUCAACAGCUGGUUUAUGAGGCGGAUGUCCUCAGCCUCACAGAGAAGGUGGAGGGGCUGAAGGAGCGAAUGUGGGACCUGGAAAAGCCCCUGAAGAUUGUUAACAGACCUUUGUGGGAAGAAAUGAGAAAUUCUUCAGAGGAAGAGUUCAAGUCCUUUGGUGCAAAACUAAAGGAGAGAAAUAACUUCUUCAGAAGGAUGAGCAAAGUUCAGUCCCAUGAAAUGAAGGAAGUGUUGUACUCAAAGCUUGUGCAGGCUAAUCGGGAGGAGCUGCAGAAGUCAAGAGAAACACUUAAGGAAGCAGAUGAGAUGCUAAAAAGUUUGGAUGUCUGUAUUCAGGAGUUAGAAACCGAACUUAUCGCAAUCGAAGAAAACGGCUUUGAAGACAAGCCAAGUCUGAAAUCACUUCAGGAAGAAAUGCAGAAGGUUGCUGAGUCUUUAGCGGAUAAUGACCGACAAAUAUCCGAACUAGAGCUGCAGAAGACACAGAACUCCAAAGAACUGAAGAGGCUGAAAGUCGAGACGAGGAAGCUUGAGAGCCACGUCGGCGUGCUGCAUAUGGUGAAUGAAUGGAAGUUGGUUGAAAAGACAGAAAGUGGCACCACCUACACUUUCCUUCACGAGACCUUGCAUCUGGAGCUGGUGUAUGAAGAAUCCAGUGGAAAUGAUGCCAGUAAUCAGUCUGAGAGGAAAAUAUCACACAUCACAUUUAAACUUCAACUUGAUGAUGAGAAGUCCCAGGGGCACGCCCGCCUCGUUCACAAACUGCUCUCCGAGUUCAUCGAGGGAGAAGGCGACUGGGCGGAGAAGUACCCAACGAGCAGACACGUUCCAAAGCUGCUCCAGGACGUCGGUCUGGUGGUGAGUCGCUGUCGUCUGCUGGGGGAGGAGUUGCGUCUGCUGCAACUGUGGGGAGGUCUGAGGCUCGAUAUUCUCCACAUCAGCUGUUUGGACACUCGGGUGCACAUUGUCUUCAGCCGUCUCAAGACGUUUUCUAAGUUUGAAGUGAUCUUCUCUGUCAGUUUGGUCAACCACUUCUGUGUCCUUCAAGUGCAGAGCUUCAAAAACGUCAUCGGAAACGCGACAAUCCAGCAGGUCGAGGAAAUUGUGUCUUCAUUCAGUCCAGCCAAGAACCUCCUGACGAAGAUCGUCAAAAGGAUUCAUCAAGAUCUGCUCUGUUGAGACCAGGAAUUUGUAUUCCAAUUUUUUUUAUUCUCAAACUCUUUUGUACAGUAUGGAUGUUUGACAAACUAAAUCUUCUGAAAUGUGUUAAAUGGCAUUUAAAGAAAAAAUAAUAAUAAUUAAUUAAUAAAUAUUAAAAACAAAAACAAUCCAGUGCAUUCUGUUGAAGUACAGGAAAUCAAAUGCAUUUUAGCAACGACCCCUGUCUAAUGUGUAACAAAUGUUGCUAGAUGUAAUUGCAUUAAGGUGCCAAAAUAUCUAAAACAAACAUACAAGUUGGAUCUUGGAUAAGAAAUAAUAUAGAUUUGAUUCAGCUACAUUGUCUACUUUAGGGUAUUCAUGUGAGUUGUAUUUCUCCCGUAAAACCUAGCUGAA